AUGUCUCAUGCCCAGGAUCUGGUCUUCGAGUGUGAUUUGGCUUACGAGCCGGUCUGGGACGUCCACGCGCCUGUUUCGCACAUCCAUCUCCACGCGGAAGGUACUGAACCCACUCUACCCAAGGCGUAUGCGACCAAAGCGCACUUUUCCUACUGCCAGCUCCUGCCUGAACUUCAAGUUCAAGUCAACAGCUAUCUCACCAAGAAGGAUCUUGCAAUGCUGUCCAGCACUUCGUCAUCAAUGAGAGCCGACUUGAUGGCCAAAGCUCUUGGUACUAUUUGCAUCGCUGGGACCGUUUCAGAGGUGUUGAGAGAGAUUCAAGAUUUCAACAAUAUGCCUCACAUUGUGAAGGUCGCGAGAUCGCACUUCACCCUAAAGAUUUCGCGUCCAUGGAUCUCCCGAUUUGUGCACCGAGGCAACGGACAUAUUUCAAACGUCACGGUCUCGGAACGCAUCUUGGCUACGCUCUGA